GGGAUCAUGUCAUUUAUGAGGAUGACUCCACUCUGGAUUAUUGUUGCAUCUCUUAACAUAAUCUUUCCAGCUCAUGCUGUGGAUUUUAACCGACCAUCAUUUAUCUCGGUGAAGGCUGGAGAAUGUCUUACUCUGAACUGCACAUUUCCAGAUAUAUACAAUACACAACUUGUUGCUUGGUACAAGCAAACCUUUGGAGAGAUGCCUCAGGAGGUGGGGAGAAUUAUAGUAAACAGGGGCACCCAAAUUUCCCCAGAGUUCGACUCCUUGAGGUUUAAUGUAGAGAAAAUCAUGAAUUGCACUUCUCUGACAAUUGUACAAAUGAAGAAAUCUGAUAAAGGACUGUAUUUCUGUGGAUUAUAUACCUGGGGCAAUUUUUAUUUUUCCAGUGGAACAUUCAUAGCUGUAACAGGUAAUGAAGAUGUAAAUGUCAUGGUGUGGCAGCGCGGCGUGUCGGACUCGGUUCCUGCAGGAGCCUCAGUGACUCUGCAGUGCUCGGUUCUCUCUGAGAGCAGAGCAGCAGAACUCCAAGUGCUCUGGUUCAGAGCUGCUCCACCACAAUCCCAUCCUCAAAUCAUUUACACUCAUCACAACAGCAGCCAUCAGUGUGAGAGCGGCUCUUCUACACACACCUGUGUGUACACCUUCACCAAGAACAUCCUCAGCCUCAAUGAUACUGGAACUUACUACUGCGCUGUGGCCCUGUGUGGGAAGAUCAUAAUUGGGAACGGGACACAAGUACAGCUGGGUGUGAACACAUUCACAGAGCAACAUUUCAAGGGAUCUGAUGCUGUAGUGAUCUGCCUUGCCGUAGCGCUGACAGUGUGUGUGGUGGUGAUUUUUGCUCAUGUGAUUUUAAACUGUAAAAAACAAAAGUUGGAAAAACAUAGAGCAAAACUUCUACAAGGUGUUUUGAAAGAGCAAACAGACAAUCAGGGCCGUGAUGCUGUGGAGCUGAAUUACGCUGCACUGAGUUUCACUGAGAGGAAAACUAAAAGUGGAAGAAUAAAAAGAGGACAAGCUCAAGAUACUGUUUAUUCUGAAGUGAUUCACACUCCUGCUACUUAGAUUACCGUUAUUAUUAUAUUAUAUUAUAUUAUAUUAUAUUAUAUUAUAUUAUAUUAUAUUAUAUUAUAUUAUUAUAAUUGUCUGCUCAAUGUUUAAGACAAAUCAGUGUAAAAAUAUUUCACUGACAUAAUCUAUUCUCUCCAGUGCUGAGAAAUCAUAUGUUACAGGCCUGACUUGCUUGAAAAUGUUAUGAAGGAAAUGUUGAGUAGCAAUUAUAAACUGAAUCUAUAAUAGCAUAAUAAUGUCUGAAUGUACUUUUUAAACCUAUGUACAGUUAUAAAGUCAAAAAUGGUGUGGUUUGUUUAUUUACGAGCUCGUAUAACACUUUUGUUGUUUUUCUUGGGCAACAUCUGAUCAUUCUUAGUGUGGAUUUCCAUGAGCAUGUUGUAAUAGUUCAAUCUACAGGUUAUAAAGCAUGU